GUGUGACUAUAAAGGAAAAAGCACCAGAGGUAGAGGCUGAGCAAAUGCACGAUGGAGCUGAGUCUGGUACAGAGAUUGUUACUAAUAGGCAUAUUAAUCUCUGAAAUAUGGACCCAAGAGAGACCAGGACCCAUGAGUUUGGAGUGCUUGGGGAACCUCUUGCGUAUAACACUGAGUGCAGAAUACUUUGAGGACAAAUAUUUAUCUUUUUCUGUUGUUGAUCAAUCUGGCAUAGCCUGGGAGCUAGAUGAGGUCAUGGCAUCACAGUGUGGCUAUACAGUAACUUACAGCAAUUGGAGUAAUAUAGAGUUUCAUGCUUCUGCACUAAGCUGCCAUUCUCACUUAGAGAAAGAUGUGUUCAUAGUAACUAUACAAAUCAAAGCAUCUCAUACUCCUGAUAUGAAAAAUGCGACAACUUAUCUGAAAAGUGCAAGUUGCCAUUAUGGUCCAUGGAGUCCGAGAGAGUUAGUAUGUGAAAGUAACUACAUGGAGGUUUCUGUCAGGAGGGAGGUUCCACAGACUGUAAAAGACUUCAUUCAAGAUGAACCUGAGGACUGGACUCUUGACUUUCCAGAGGCAAAAGCAGGAGAAGCCUCAAUAUGGCAAAUAGUGUUUCAUCAGCCAGAAGAAAAAAAGGCUCUGCUUGUGAGUGAUGCUUGGAGUGCAGGCUAUGGACUCAACACCACAGACACCAGGGUUCUGCUGCGAAUACCAUACACUGCUGCGCAAAUUCAGCUGGUCGAGGAUCAGGGAAUUACCUUUUCUGCAGUGAGAUCAAGUACAUUUUACAAACAGCGAUGGAUGAUCCUGAUGGUGGAUACUGCUGUGGCAUGUCCUGUAGAUGGUGUGGACUACACUAACAAGACAAUCAUCUGGACUGUUCCAAAAUACAUUCAACUGCUCUCUGCUGGAGCGACUAGCUUUAAGGAUGUCCUUGUUGAAGCUGGUGUGGAUCUACACAAACUCUCUGCCAAAGAAAUGGCUUCCAGGAAAUAUAUAUUAUCGAAUGACUUAAAUGCAAUUACAAUGAAGAUACCAAUAGGUGCAGAAGGUGGCUAUUACAAGACUUCUGUGAGCAGUGGACAGCAUGGGGUAAAAUACACCAUCAACCUGUUCUUGGAACAUCAGUGGGAAGAUAACAAAUGGGGACUAACCAAACAUACUAUCAUCAAGGAAAUAGAAACACCAUUUGAACAAGUAGAACUUGCUAUAACCAACAACUCAAAUCUGAGUGCGAGGCUAAUGAAUGUGACAGUGGGAACAUUCCUCCCAGAUGUGGAGCUUGUGAACUUAACCAUUGAGGGGGCAACUGUUGCUGUACCUGAAGCUGUUCAGCAUGGAUAUCUAACAUACGAGAUCAGAUAUGCUAAUGGAAGCAAAGCCUACAUAACACAAGUCCCACUUGAUGCGCCAAGCGUUAAGAAAGAGUACGUGAGAGCAGACAUGAGAGCAUACACCCUGAAUGUCACGCUUGCAUUCAUAACCCAUCCAACAAGUGAGACCUUCACUGUUCCAGUCAUAAUAGUGUCAGCUGUUAAAGAUGCAGUACUGCCCAGCGCAAGGGGAUUUUGUGAUGGGAGGAACCUUCAUCUCAUUAUCACUCAUGGAAAUGUGGACCAAAACUGGCUACCCUUCAUCUCAGACUGGCACCUGACCCCAGAGGCCGCACAGAAGUACAACUACAGCCUGAGGGACAAUGGCACUCACCUGGCAAUCUCUGUCCCUUUCCUCUCUUCCCAUGUGAACUAUGAGGAUUUUCAUACCUCUGGAAUAAAGGCUUCACUCCACUUAACCUUGAAGGAUGGCAUCACCUUGGCUAGCAGGAGGGACUUCUCAGUUUCCUGCAAAUUUUCACCUUCAGAGCUAAUACAGUGCCUGCCCAAUGGCACUGUGGUUAUUACCGCAGUAAAAUUGGUAGGAGUUGCAGACCUGGACACCAGCCUGCUUAUCUUGAGGGACAGACGGUGCAAACCCAGUCUAGUAACAGAGAAGACUGCAACCUUCAAGUUCAAUGUGAACACUUGUGGAACAAGUAGAAAGUUCAAUAGCACAACUAUGAGAUAUGAAAAUGAUGUACUCUAUUUCAGACCUGGCAAUGAUACACCAGUAUACCAACUGAAAUUUGUAUGCUGGUACGCAAUCAAGCAGACUGUUAAUGUCCAAUAUGAAUCUAAGAAGAACCCACCACCCAGUAUUAAGCCAGGGUUUGGCUCUCUUGCUCUUUCAUUGAAGCUUUUCAAAGAGAAAUCCUAUUCAGAGCCCUACCAGGAAUCAGAAUAUCCUGUGGUAAAAUACCUGAGGGAGGCACUGUAUUUUGAAGCUGAACUGCUCCAGCCUAAAGAUGUGAGACUGGAACUAAACCUGGAUGACUGUUGGGCUACGAACUCCCAAAGCCAGGACAGCCUUCCACAGUGGCCCAUCCUUAUAAACGGGUGUGAAAACAGCAAAGACUCCUACAGAACUGUCCUACACAAAGUUAAUUAUAGCCUCAGAGUAAAACUUCCUCAGCACCUAAAGAGAUUUGAAGUGAGGAUGUUCACCUUUGUACAAGGCACAACUCUGUUACAAGAGCAGCUGUAUUUCCACUGCAGUGUGGUGAUCUGCAGCACUAUGCAACAGCCUUCAGGCUUUCUUUGUCCAAGGAGAUGCAAUCCUGGGAAACACAGACUUGACCGCAGUGCAGAAUCGCAUCCGCAUGGGCAAGUGUCAUCAGGAGCAGUGCUUGUUAGGAAGGAAAACAACUAGCAGAGGUGAAUACGCUGACUUCUGACAGAGACUAAACAAGAACUAUUUAGUUUUAUGAAGUUGCAGUUAGGUGGCCUAAGCAAGCACAGCCUGCACAGACUUACAAGUAAAGACAUCUUGAAAGUAUCUACUGGGAAAAUAUAUUUAUGGUGUCUACUGGGAAAAGGGUCAGCUAACCAGUAUGGAUGUAUCUUUGUCUUCAAGUUAAAUAGCGUAUUGCUCUCUUGUGUUCCUCUACGGUGUUGAACUCUUAGUCUUUUGUGUGACUUGCAUCUGACCUAGUCUGCUCACCUAAUGUGUCCAAAACUUGUGUCUAGUCACUUUGCAGUUGGAGGCAUCUGUUUUGGGGUAGGGGGAGGAAGGUGGCAACAGGUGUGAAGUCAAUUGUAAAUCACUUUGAGGUUUUUUAAAGCUUCAGUAUGAACAAAGGAUUGCAGGGAGCUUAAUGUCAGUAAGAGAAAGUGUUUUUCGAAUCAAGAUGGGAACAAACCUACUUGAUCCUGUAGUGGCUAUUGACAGAAAAGCUGUAAACUGUGGAUCUCACAGGAGCGUUGUGGCUCUGCAAUGUCAAGUUGCCUUCCCUAGGUGGGAGGAAAUUGCUCACAGGUAGCAUCAGUGACUGCUUAGCUGAGUAAGCUGUCAGCCUAAAUGAAAAAAGCUUUUAGUGAAGACUUGUAGUACUAGUAGUAGUAGUAUUGAUAAUACAUGGACUCUAUCCACGUAUAUCCAAGUGUUAAGGAUUCUUCCUCACUAGAGAACAUGAUGCUUGGGAGCUCCUGUCAGAUUAUCCUGUCUCUCUUUUCUCUCUCUCUCUCCUUUUUUUUUUUUUAAUGGGAGGAAAAUUUCUUGAUUUCUUCUUGGCCUCUGAACAGUGAUGUGAAAACAGUUCAGUUUCAAUAUUGUAUUUUCCUGUUCUAAGGAAAGCUAUUCCUUAGCAUGAAUCGUUAUCCCUUAGGGCUGAAGAUACAAUAAUGGGUGUCUGCUUUUUUAACUUUAUAUUAAAUGGAAUUAUACUACAGGGAAUUUCUGUGAAGGCUAACUUGAGCAAGAAACUAUUUUACGAAUCUAUUUGCACUUUGUGAAAGAGCAUGGUGUCUAAAAGAUUGUAGCUCUGUUGCUACAAUACCUGUACAGAAAUCCCACUAAAAAGUUUGUGCUAUGAUUACAAGCUCAUGUUCCUAAGUCUUGUCUGUCUUUCAGUUGCCUGCUAAGCAUAUCUGUAGUAGGUGUCUUCUACUGUCACUUCUGGAAAAAUCUGUGUGGGUGUCAUGAUGAGGGGCAUGUCAAGUCCCUAGCUGUGCAUCAAAACUGUUUUCCAAUAAAGGAGGCUA